AGGGGAGGCGGGAAUAAAAAGGGGAGGAGAGGCAGAACAUUAACUCACCCAGUGUGACAGCUGCUCUCUUAUUUAAUGGGGGGGUCUCUGGUCAGAAGGAGUCAGAAGUGCCUCCAGGAGAGCAGAAGCAUGGCUGAGGAGCUGAGGCUGGGCUUCGAGGAAGCAGUCAGAGUGGAAAUGCCAGAAGGCAGAGCCAGGCCAGCCGCCAGGAGCAGAGCAUGUUUGGCUCUCAUCUGCUGCCUGAUGUCACUUUUCACUGUUGCAGGAUUUAGCACCUUCCUGAUGGUUGGCCAGCUCAGGGCCCAGGGAAAAGACUGUACGCCGCGGGCUAUACAGAACAAAAAUUGUGAACCUUCACCACAGCCAGUUUACACACCUUCCAGAGCCAAGCCAAGGGCGCACCUAACAAUUCUUAAACAAACCCCAGGGCCACAUCUGCAAAAUCAGUUUCCCGCUCUGCACUGGGAACAUGAACUAGGCUUGGCCUUCACCAAGAACCGGAUGAACUAUACCAACAAAUUUCUGGUGAUCCCUGAGUCCGGAGACUAUUUCAUUUACUCCCAGAUCACAUUCCGAGGGAUCACAUCUAGGUGUAGCAACAUCAGCCAAGGAAGACGACCAAACAGGCCAGACCUCAUCUUCGUGGUUAUCACCAAGGUAACAGACAGCUACCCCGAGCCCGCCCACCUCCUCACAGGAACCAAGUCUGUGUGUGAAAUAAGCAGCAACUGGUUUCAGCCCCUCUACCUUGGGGCUAUGUUCUCCUUGGAAGAAGGGGACAGGUUGAUGGUUAAUGUCAGUGAUAUCUCCUUGGUGGAUUACACAAAAGAAGAUAAAACUUUCUUUGGCGCCUUCUUGCUAUAAGGGGAAACAACCACAAUUAAGUAGGGCUUCCUUGACCCCUACUUCCCACUUUAAUGAGGGAUGUGGGGGAUCAAAGAUGGGAACAGUGGUUUAGCUACAUCAUUUAGGAACUCAAGAUGAUCCUCUCUAUAUGUUUUGGACUGAAAUAGUAAAUGGAAAACUCAGAAGAACUUGUGUUUGCUAGAGACCUGCUGGGUUUUAAAAAUUAAAACAGCCGACUCCAAUGGCUCCAUCUACUGCUCUCCAGACAUGAUGUUUCUGAGAUGUCCUCCUUCCCGUUCAUUGAUUAGUUGAGGAUGCUUAAUCAAUGAAUCUCGUCUGGCUCCAUGGUCAGAAAAGGGGAAUGGAAUGUUCUACCUGCAUCUGUCUCCAUGGUGCACGAGAGCACUGAGCAGCACAGACUUACUGUAAGACUCUCACAAGAGCAGCCAAAAUGAUCUGCUCACCUCCUCUACUAAAAACAAACUUUGUGUCAGGGACCUUCAAAUGUGCUCAUGGCUGAUCUGAGCGGCUUGGAAGUUUAACCAAGACAGGGAUCUUCUGGCAUCCCGGGAUGCCUAAGGCUCUGGGAAGUUCCCCAUAGUGUAUUCAUUUUGCCCCUGUUUGUGGAAAACUGGAACUCAAAUUUUCUCUAUUGAGUUUGUUAACUAUAUAUAUAAUAUAUAUAACUAUACAUAAUAUAUUGUGUGCAUGUGCGUGUGUGUGUGUGUGUGUGUGUGUGUGUGUGUGUGCAUUACUGUCCAGAAGGGCAUUACCAAACAUUCGUAAUUGGACUCGAAUCAGCACUUCUGUUUCCAAGGUACCGGUCCCACAGCAAACAUGAGGCCACUGCUUUGUAAAGCAAUAUGGGAAAGAAUGCUUUCUAAAAACGUGGUGGAGUCAAGGGUGGUGGUACACAUCUGUAAUCCCAGCAUGGGGGAGGCUGAGCCAGGAGGACUGUCAUAAGUUUGAGGAAAACCUGACCUAAGUAGUAAUUUUAUGACAAGUCUGGGCUAUAUAACAGGAUCUCAUUUAAAUUAAAAUUUAAAAAAAAAAUAGAACAUAGGCUGGUCCUCAAAGAUAAAGUAAUAUAUUUAAGGAUUUGGGAAAGAGGGCAUGUGUUUUGGAAAAUAGUUAAUUUAGUGAAAAAUGUUUUGCUGGUUAAAUGUUUCUCAAAAAGCUACAGAACUCAAAUAGAUUCCAUAAGCAUUUAUUUAGGACUUACUUGCCCUGGGGACAGAGAAAUAAAUUAUUUUAGUCUCGGAUCCACCCAUCCUAACAGAUUGGCACCUCCAUCAUUUGUGAAGCUUUACAUCACUCUGGUUGUGUUAGCUAAUUAAUCAGCUAACCUGAGACGCAUUGGUAUUUUCUUAUUAUGAAUAUGGGCACCAUUUGAGGACAAUCAGUAACCGAAUGAUUUGCAUUUCCUCUUGAGUGUUGUUAUAAUAGCUAAGCAAGGGCAGUUUCCCAUAGAUAAACAAGAGAGGAAUGUAAGAAUACAGCUCCCUACGGUGAGAGCCAGCCCUGAAACAACAACCAGUAAGAGAUUGUUAUUUCCUGACCUCAAAACUUGACACAAACACCUUUGAAAAUACUAGAACUUUAUGAAUGGCCUAGAGGUGCUCUGGAAAGGCUCUGUCCCCAGCUAAAGCAAAAGUCAUAGUCAUCUUUCAGAGGUCAUUGGAAUUUUGACCUUAGCUGGCUUUGGAUCUGUUUGGAAAAACACAAUUUCAAGGCUAUAACUUCUGAGUUGAUUUUGUUGUCUAACUAAGGGAUAGUGGGAAAAGAAAAGUGUACUUCUACCAUCUCUUGGAACAUAUUCGGUUCCAUGCACGCCAGAGUCCUUGGAUCCAUUUCCCUGCAAGCUACUUUACCCCAAAGGAAAUUCCAAUGCCAUGCUUGGCAGUAACUCCUUGGUUUAUAGAAGUCCACGAGUUCACUGUGCACAAGGCAUGGCCAUUGCCAGCACUCUCUUGCGUGGUAUUUCUCUCAAGUCCUUACUCAAUCAGGUUUCCAUGAUUGUGACAUUAAGUAUUAAUUUCUAGAGCAGGUUUGUUUAUAUCCUGUCCCUUUCAAAAUCCAUGCAGAUACGCCUGGCCUCAAAAUCCCCUGGCUUAGAGUCCUGGGACUGCCCUGCUGUGUUCAGUAUUUUAUUUAAGCUUACAUCAUUGUUCUGAAUGUUGGCAGUAUUAUAGCAUAUUGGCUGCUAGCCUUUGGAGAAUUCGCUGAGCCCUUAGUAAAGGUGACAAUGCUCGCUCAGAGUGGCUGCACUUGUGCCUUGCUAACUCUUCCCGAGCUCUGACACAUUUGCCCCUUCCAUCUGGCCACCUUGGGGACCCUCACAAGCCCAAACUGCUGUUACAUUUUUAGAGUGAUACAGUCUGUUAGUGGAAAAGGCAGAGCUGGAAGUCUGCCGUCUUCCGACUCUCUACGCUCGGCAAAUGACACUGUUUGAUGCAACUAGAGGAGAAAUUGAAGAAAGGUGGGAGAAAUAUCUUUGACUACCUAUGGGGCAAUAUAGAAGAGUAAGGAGACUUACACAUGGUGCCUAUACCUAAAUCAAAUUUCUGCCCCCAAAUAAGAUUUUUUUUUAACCUGUUAGUGACAACUCAUUCCCUGGAGAGUUUUGUAGCAGCUAUUGCAUCACGGAGGUCAGGAGAGGGAGGAAGUCAAAGGAUUCCUUUUUCAAAUCUAUGGCCAUGUGGUCACCCUUCUAUCCAAUCAUAACAAACCUGACAGCCCUGCCAAGAGUUUUGGGGUUCCCAUUGGGCUAGAAAAGUAAUCUCCCCCACACUAUCAACCCUGGGGUCUUAACCAGUAGAUAAAAGGUCAUGGGAUUUUAGAACUGGCAUGAACUGCAGAGUUUUCUAUCCAAAUUCACAUCACUUCAAGAGUGAAGAAACACAGGCCAGGCGAGACGCUCUGCGAGGCUUGGUGCUGGGCAGUAGCUGGAUGGAACGUGGAGACUGAUCUGGGCUUCCUGUCCCCGACACCGUGCUCAGCAGCCUUUCCAUUUGAUCUUGGGAUUGCUGGCUGGUUGGGGGUUUUUGUUUUAUUUUCUUACUUUUUGAGCACCUGUCACACUUAGACACCUUCACGACAAGAGGGUCAGUGACAGGAAGUCCUGCUCUGCUGUGUGCACGCAGGGGGAAGGAGACUCACAGUCGUGAGUAAACAGAACCGUGAACUUAGAUGAUUUUAGUCUUAAAGUGAUUAAGACACACCAUUUUCCCCUCUUUUGUCUCAGAGGGCAUACAGGCUGACCCAAUAGAGGUGUUCGCCUGAUUUUAGUGAUAAGCCCUAUGUGCUUCCAUUGGUUGUAUGUUUUAUGUUAAAACGUCACAUCGCCAAGGUAAAAUGCAUAUUGUAUGUUCUUGGGUCCGUAAUUAACUAGUAUGCAUCACAUGUAUGAAUUCUAAUCUCUGUCAAUGAAAAUUUAUGUAUGUUAACAUAUAUAAUAGUUGUAAUUUAAUAAACUGGCAAUGAAAG